GUUGACUAUGUCUUCCAAGUUUAGUCUGUUGAUCUGUUUGUUCAUUCUUCAUUUGUUGGCUGCCGGUAGUGUUACAGGGCGUAAGAUAGGAAAUUAUGAGAUCAAGAAAGGAGAUUUCUCCAUUAAGGUCACUAAUUAUGGUGCCACAAUCAUCUCCGUUUUUCUUCCUGAUAAGCAUGGAAAAAUAGGUGAUGUUGUUCUUGGAUAUGACACCAUCAAGGAAUACCUGAAUGAUACAAGUUAUUUUGGAGCUGCCCUUGGAAGGGUUGCAAACCGCAUUGGUGGUGCUCAAUUUACUCUGAAUGGAACUCAGUAUAAGCUUGUUGCCAAUGAAGGCGUAAACAUGUUGCAUGGUGGUCUUAAAGGAUUUAGCAAAGUUGUCUGGAAGGUGAGCAAGCACGUGAAAGAUGGUCCAUGUCCUUACAUAACUCUAACCUACCACAGUCCUGAUGGCCAAGAAGGGUUUCCGGGUGAUGUUCUUGUCUCUGUUACCUAUAAAUUGGAAGAUCAUUACAAACUUAGCGUGGUAUUUAAGGCAAAAGCAUUGAACAAGGCCACUCCGAUUAACCUGUCUCACCACCCUUACUGGAACAUUGGCGGUCACAACAGUGGCGACGUCUUGUGCCAGGUUGUUCAAAUCUUUGCGUCACACAUUACUCCGUUGGAUAAACAGCAUAUUCCCACAGGGGAAAUUUCCCCUGUCAAGAACACACCCUACGACUUUCUUAAGCCCAAUAAGGUGGGAAGCAGGAUCGAUAAAAUCCAAGAUGGAUACGACAUCAACUAUGCACUUGACAGCACAAAAAAAAUGAAGCAUGUGGCGGUAGUUUAUGAUAAGAAAUCAGGAAGAGUGAUGGAUAUAAAAGCAACUGCACCUGGUGUGCAAUUCUACACUGCAAACUUCGUCAUUAAUACGAAGGGAAAAGGUGGAUAUGUGUAUCAACCUCGUGCAGCCUUGUGUUUAGAGACUCAAGGGUUCCCGGAUGCUGUGAAUCACCCAAAUUUCCCUUCGACAAUUGUGACUCCUGGAAAGACCUACGUCCACUCCGUGUUGUAUACCUUCUCCAUCAAGAAAUAAUACUAGAAUGCUUGCAUUUGUUUCUUUGCACAGCUGCUUGUGUCCCUUGUAUCCUUCUUAAUUUGUAUCGUCUACUUAAAUUGAUAUAUGUAUCAAGGUUAUGUGUUCACUAUGACAAAUAAAACACCUGACAUCAGGUAUAUUUUGUUUGUUCAAGUGUU